UUAACGUAUUUUUCUCUUCCAGUACACUUGAUACAAAAAUAAACCGGAAAACGAGCAAGUAUACUGUAAACUCAAAAGGCAUCAGAGUAUAGGAUUUGUAGAUUUCAGCAGGCCGCAGCGAUAGUUUAAUUUGAGAGAAAUGGCGGCAGCAGCAGCAGCAGCAGCAGCAUCGUCCAUGGCUGCUACAGCCGUUUUGAUCCCACAUGUCCCCACGGCCGUAAGAACCACCUGCUGUUCUGCCUUGAUGCCACUUCCUCCUUGUGUUUCCACUGCUCCACUUUCCUCGUCCGUUAAGCUAAUUCCAGAAUCCCGGAGGUUUCCUUUGGUCCAAACAAAAGCCACAGAGGAGAGCUCUGUUGAUGCUGGGGAGCUUUUCUCUGACUUGAAAGAAAAGUGGGAUAAAAUCGAGAACAAGUCCACAGUUAUUGUUUAUGGCGGCGGGGCAAUAGUCUCUGUUUGGCUCUUGUCUAUUCUUGUCGGUGCCAUUAAUUCAGUCCCCUUGCUCCCAAAAAUCAUGGAAUUGGUUGGACUUGGAUAUACAACAUGGUUUGUCUACAGAUACCUUCUCUUCAAGUCAAGCAGGAAAGAACUAGCCACCGAUAUUGAGGAACUUAAAAAGAAGAUUGCUGGAACUGAAUAGUUUCACAACAUUGGCAAAUGAAAUAUGCUACCCUGUAAAAGAGAAAUCUGUAUCCUGUCCUGUAAUAAUAGGGUUUCUUUGUAUGAAUUCUUGUAACCUUUAUAUUUGCCCUGUUCCUGGAAUAAAAGCUUGUCAAUUCUGUGUGUAUGACUAUAAUUUCCUAGAACAAACAAAUACGCCACGUUUAAUGCAGAGAAAGUAGCCCGUUUCUUUCAUUCAAA